AAGUUCUUUUUCUUGGACUGCUGGUGACUUACAAAGGAAUACUGACUAGAAGCAGAGACUGCCCUCCGUGAUCCUGUGGAAGACCUGUUGGACUCAGCUGCAGAGAGAGAAGCUGUGGUCAGAGCAGAGAAGACCUCAUCCGGAUGUCUCCACACAAGGUAUAUCCUGAUUAUUGAACAGAUUGUGUACAGAAGGUUCCUGAUCACUUUCAGAAGCGUAUAAAGGGCUGCUUCAGCUCAGUUCACUGUCAAGGAGUGACCUUCACCGGGACCAUGGCCCAAAGUCUGCAAGAGGAGGUGACCUGUCCAGUUUGUCUGGAAAUUUUCUCCUGUCCCGUUUUACUCUCCUGCGAACAUGUGUUCUGCUUUCAUUGCAUGCAGAGAUGGAUGCUAGAACACAGGGAUCUGAAAUUGACCUGCCCCAUGUGUCGAGGGGUAACUGAGAGCCCCCCUUUGGAGGAAUGGCAAAUCAGAGCUCUGUCCCUUCUGAUCAGACAGCACAGUGGCCUACUGAUGAAAAGUCUGCACGUGAGCAAAGAGUUGCUGAGAUUCCAGGAGGAUAUGACUCUGGAUAGAAGCACUGCCAACCCCUUCCUUGUCCUCUCUGAUGACCUAAGGAAUGUUUGGUGUGGGAAGAUCUGCCACAACCCAGUGGAAGAUUCCCAGAGAUUCACCUACCUGACCUGUGUCCUGGGCACACCAUACUUCUCCUCUGGCUGCCAUUACUGGGAGGUCGAGGUGGGAGACGGGAAGGAGUGGACUCUGGGGAUCUGUAAGGCAUCAGUCGACAGAAAGAGGAAGGGCGGUUUCUCUGUUGAGCAUGGCUUCUGGUUGAUCAGCCUGAAGGCAGGAACAAUCUGUACCAGCUCCAUCCCAGAAAUCAGAAUUCCUGCAAGCCCCAAACUUAGCCACGUAGGGAUUUUUUUAGAUGUUGAAUUGGAAGAACUCAAAUUUUUUGAUGCUAGAGAAAAUGCCCUCAUCUAUACAUAUAGUUGUCUCUCAUGUUUGGAGCCUUUGCGUCCAUUCUUCUGUCCUGAGUUGCCUAGAGAAGGUGACAGGGGUGCCUCCCUGAAAAUCUGUUCAUGAGAAACUUAGCACUUCUAGCAGCUUUCUCGGAGGUGAAUGAAUGAGACCUUUAACCUGAAUAAUGUCAGAAUGACCCAGGGAGAGAAAACGCACUAUAGUAGAAGGAUUUGUAAGAAUAGAUUUUGUAGACAUGGCAACUAACCAAUUUUUAGGCUAUAUUUUAUAGACUUUGUAGCUAAAGAACUAUGGGAUUUUAGGGGAUGUUAUUAAGUGCUCCAAGCUUCAGCUUUCCUAGUCUUCAAGUGGGGCCAAAUUUCUCAAAUAGUUGUGACGAUUAGACAGAGCUGUGCAUUUAUUUUGUACUAAAUACAAUGGGAAAUUUUA